CCCAAUAUGUUACGAAACUUUGUCAGUGUCAAGUUUAAAUUUAGACAAGAAAGAUGAUAAGUUCAGUGGUGUGUAUAAUUCGAAAACAUUCUGUGAUAAAAGUGCCAAGAAGCUGUCUGUCUUGCCCGACUUGACUAUUAAAGGAUUUACAAACGCGGCCUUGGAUAUGUCAGAUGAUGAACUGGCUCCGGUUGACCAUUGUGAGGGCACAGAACGUCUUCCCCAUGGUCGCUCACCGCGAUCAGGGUCUGUUGUAUCCGUCACAUUACGUAAUGUUCCCAUAAAGGUAAAGAGACAGGCUAUUGACCAGGAAUACGUAAAUGAAAGGUUUACCGGAACUACGUAUCCCCCUCCAUGUGUAUCGUUAAAAGAUAAGGUCACAGAGAAGUUGAAAAAGUCAUGUAGCUGUACUAGAAACUGCGUGAUAAGGUUCUUUUUUGUCUUUUUUCCAAUUAUUCGUUGGUUACCUCAGUAUCAACCCCGUGAAUAUCUACUGAAUGAUCUUGUGUCUGGCUUCACAAUUCUUAUACUCCAUAUCCCACAAGGAAUGGCUUAUGGACUGUUAGCAUCUGUUGAUCCUGUUAAUGGAUUGUAUGUGUCUUUCUUCCCAGUCCUUGUUUACUUUCUGAUGGGGACAUCCAGACACAUAUCUGUAGGUACAUUUGCUGUGGUGAGUUUAAUGAUCAGCAGUGCUGUGAGUAAACUUGGAGUAGUUGAUUCGUUUAAACACAAUGCUUCCCAUGUUGAACAGGAAAAUACAAGUGAAGCUGUGGUUGCAAUGAAAACUUAUGAAACCAGUUGGCCUCCAAGUAAAGAAGAAGCUAUUGUUGCCUUAAGUCUGGCCACUGGCUUGUUGCAGGUGUUGAUGGGAUUACUUCGUCUGGGCUCUUUAUCAAUAGUUCUGUCGGAUCAUCUGAUUUCUGGUUUUUCGACCGGAGCUGCCGUUCAUGUUGCUACUUCUCAGAUAAGAAAUCUGUUUGAUAUUCAUGUCUCCAAUUUUCAUGGACCAUUGAAGAUAAUAUUUACAUAUAUUAAUAUCUUUUCUGUUCUGGCAAUGGCAAACCCAGCUACUGUUGUCAUCUCUGCCAUUGCUAUUUUUGUUUUAGCAUUGGUGAAGGAACAAAUUAAUGCUAGGUUUCGCCAAAAGCUCAAGAUGCCUGUUCCUAUAGAUUUAAUAGUAGUUGUAAUAAGUACUGUUGCAUCUUAUUUGGGAAAUUUUAACAAAACUUUUGGAGUGGAGAUUAUGGGUCAUGUUCCUACAGGCAUACCCGCACCUGUACCUCCACGAAGUGACCUGCUAGCUCCUCUGGCUACAGAUGCCAUUGCUAUAGCCAUAGUUUCAUAUGCUGUUGCACUGUCUCUUGCCAAAACCUUUGCCAAAAGAAACAAAUAUACCAUUGAUCCAAACCAGGAGCUGAUAGCAUUAGGGACAGCAAAUACAGUAUCAUCUUUUUUUUCCUGUUUUCCUUGUGCUGCAUCUUUAUCUCGCAGUCUCGUCCAAGAAAGAACAGGAGGUUGCACACAAAUUGCAGGGCUAGUAUCAUCUGUUCUUAUGCUGGUGGUAUUGUUAGUUUUAGCACCUAUGUUUUAUAAUUUACCAAAAUGUAUUCUGUCCUGUGUAAUUCUGGUAGCACUGAAGGGAAUGUUUAUGCAGUUUUUAGACUUGAAGACAAUUUGGAGUGUGUCCCGAGUUGAUGCUUUGAUUUGGAUUGUGACAUUCCUGUCUGUGGUGCUGCUGGAUGUAGACAUAGGACUGAUGACAGGUGUUAUUUUUUCCAUUCUUACAGUUAUUUAUCGAUCAGUAAAUCCUCAUCAAACAGUGCUGGGAGUGAUACCAAAUACAGAAGUCUACUUAGACAAAAAACGUUACUCUAAGUUAGAAGAAAUACCAGGAAUCAAAAUCUUCCAUUUUGGGUCAGCUCUUUAUUUCAUGAACAGACAUGUGUUUUUAUCAGCUUUAAAAAAGAUAUCUGUUGAUGAAGCAUCAGCAGAAAUCCCUCCAGUGGAAGAUUUACUCAUUGGUGAAGUCAAUGACAAAGCUGCAAAAUAUGUUCAAAAGAAAAAGGAAAAGAAACUUCACCAUAUUGUUAUAGACUGUUCCUCCAUUUCUUACCUUGAUGCUACCGGGGUAGAAGUGAUUUUGGAGGUCAUCAAAGAGAUGAAGAAAGAUGAAAUUGCAAUUUCUUUAGCAGCUUGUUCAGUUCCAAUGUAUGAGCUUCUGGAUAGAUCUGGAUUUUUCUCUAAAGUAACUCUCCCAGUCAUCUUUCCCACCAUCCAUGAUGCAGUUUUGUAUGCUCAAGAUCAGGACCCAGAGAAACCAACAAUACGUGCUACUGUUUAGAUGUGGAAUUAACAGUCCUUGUACUUGGUUAAAGCAAAGAAACCAGCAACCUGUGUAAAAGAUGAGUGAAAAUAGCAACUCUUGCUGUUUAGCUGUGAAUUGAAAGCAUGCUGGUUUGGAUGUAAAGUACUAUGCAAAAACUUGAAAUGGAAAUAAUAUAAGCUUUAUUAGAAAAACAUCAUACACAAGAUAUCCCUUAGCUAAGCAUUAUCAAGUGAUACAUUACAUUUGCUGAGUUAGGUCAUUAAAGUUUUUUUUUCUGUGGUUUUCUUUUCUUUUCUAAUUAAGCAUGAGUCGUAUAAGGUGUUUGUAUAGGUUUAGAUAUGAAACCAACAACCCUAACUACUGUUUAGCUUUAAAAUGAGUAAUAUUGCUAUUGCUGUAUUUUUAAAUUGGUCACUCAUACUACCAUGCUGUCAAACCUACAGCAUUUUUCAUUUUUAAUUCUAUAAAACCAGCAACAUAUGUAACAGAUAAGCUAUGAAACCAGCAACCUAUGCCUUACCACUGUUAGAGUAAGAAACCAAAGCUAGUUACUCAUAACCACUGUUAAACUAUAAAACCUGUGUCUCUUGUUGCUGAUAAAACUAUGAGAUCAGCAUCCUAUGUCAUACCAUUUAUAACAUAUGAAACCAGUAGACCACACUACAAAUAAGCUAUGCAAUCUGCAACCAUUUUUACUGUCAAACUAUGAAACCAAUAGCUCCUACUUCUGAUUAAAACUAUGAAAACCAGCAAAGCAACCUGCACAGCAGAAAAGCAAUGCUUAUCACAAAAAAAUAAAACUGUGAGUCAUGCAACCUAUGCCACAGUUAAAAUAUGAAAACAGCAACCUUUGUCAUUGACUAGUUAUGACACCAGAAACUCCUACCACUGUUAAACUAUGAAAUCAGCAACCCUUGCCACAGUUAAGAUAGUAAACCAGCAACCUUUGCUACUGUUAAACUAGAAAACCAGUAACCCUUGCUACUGUUAAACUAGAAAACCAGCAGCACUUGCUACUGUUAACUCUAUUGAAGCAGAAACUCCUACCACUGUUAAACUAUGAAACCAGCAACCCUUGCCACAGUUUGCUAGUAAAACAGCAACUCUUGCUACUGUUAAACUAGAAAACCAGCAACACUUGCUACUGUAAACUCUAUUGAAGCAGAAACUCUUUCCACUGUUAAACUAAGAAAGUAGCAGCAAUCCAAGCCACUGGUCAGGUAAAGAAACAACAGUCCAAGCCACUGGGCAGUUAUAGAAACAACAAUCCAAGCCAUCAGUAAGCUAAAGAAACAACAGUCCAAGUCACUGGUCAGUUAUAGAAACAACAAUCCAAGUCAUCAGUAAGCUAAAGAAACAACAAUCCAAGCCAUCAGUAAGUUAAAGAAACAACAAUCCAAGCCAUCAGUAAGCUAAAGAAACAACAAUCCAAGCCAUCAGUAAGCUAAAGAAACAACAAUCCAAGCCAUAAGUAAGCUAAAAAAACAAUAAUCCAAGCCAUCAGUAAGCUAAAGAAACAACAAUCCAAGCCAUAAGUAAGCUAAAGAAAUAAUGAUCCAAGCCAUCAGUAAGUUAAAGAAACAACAGUCCAAGCCAUCAGUAAGCUAAAGAAACAGCAAUCGAAGCCAUAAAUAAGCUAAAGAAACAACAAUCCAAACUACUGGUAAGCUAUGCUACUGUUAAACUGGGAAAGCAGCAAGCUAAGUCACAACCCAACUCACUAUCCAACUAUUGUAAUACAAUUUCAUGCCAGUGUUUUAGAUUGAGACAUUUUCUAGCUUGAAAGUAUGUUUAUUUAGGGAUAAACAUAUUUGGCCUACUGUGUUGCCCUUAGAAAUUGCUUAUAAAGUUUAUUGAUGCUAAUGUGCCUUUAACUAAAAUUGCAUUUAAUAAACGGUUAUUAAGUGCAGUUUUAAACUCAUUUAUCAGGUAAUUUUAUAUAAGUAAGAAUAUCAAACUUACAGAUUAUAUAUUUGUACAUAAAAUUCUAUACUUAUAAGUUAGACCUGUAAAAAACAAUAUGAAAGUUAAGUAUUUCACAUGUAAAUAACAAUUUGAUACUUGAAGAUUUGACUGAUAGAUAACAAUACAAGGGGCAUACAGAAAUAAUAAAUGUAAAAUAUAAAGAGUUAGAAUAUGUAGUCUUCAUUGCAGCCUUUCACGAAGUAAUGUCACUGAACUCGGGUACUGAGUAACCAACUUACUAUGCACUUGACUCACAUAUUGAGCAAUCAACUUACUACACAUUAGUCACAUAUUGAGCAAUCAACUUACUGCACAUUACUCGCAUAUUGAGCAAUCAACUUACUACACAUUACUCGCAUAUUGAGCAAUCAACUUACUACACAUUACUCACAUAUUGAGCAAUCAACUUACUACACAUUACUCACAUAUUGAGCAAUCAACUUACUACACAUUACUCACAUAUUGAGCAAUCAACUUACUAUUCACUUGACUCACAUAUUGAGCAAUCAACUUACUAUUCACUUGACUCAUGUAUUGACCAAUCUACUUACUAUACACUUGACUCAUGUAUUGAGCAAUCUACUUACUGUACUAGCUUCCAGGUGCUACUUUUAUAUCUUAGUAUUCCCAUGAUCUUUUUAGGGUUCUAGAAUUCAUACUUCAACUUAGAAACUUGCUUAAUCAUUUCAGUGAGUAAUUUACAAAUAUCUCUGAGUUAUUAUAAUUUUCAUGGUCUCAAGGAAUUCAGUGGCACAGUUUUUAUCUAUGUAUGUUUAAAAAAAUGUUUUGAUAAUUUGGUUUUCUCUCAGUUAUUCAAAGUAAAUAAAUGUUGAAUAUCUGAGAAGAUCACCCAAAUUUUAAGAUAUCAAAUUGCUUUUAUUAACUGUCAUGAUUCAAACAAUCCACUUUUAUCUUAGUGUUCCUGUCAAAACAUUGUUUGCUUAAAAAUCCAGAAAUGCCUAUAUGUUAUUUACUGGUUUAAUAUACUAUGAAUUCUCAUCUCCUUUUUAAGUGAUUCAGACACACUUCACUGUCCAUGUUGUUAUUAAUCCAUUCAUCACCUAAAAGUACCUUACUGAUAGAAUGACAGACAAACAUGGAUUAAACAUUAUAUAAAAUAUUAACGUUCUAAGGUCAGAUGAUAAAAAGGCAUCAACUGUCUUCAGUGCAUAUUAUUAGUGAAGAUCAAAUGAGCAUAAAAGUUCCUAAGUCAGUCUUCACUUGUGUCUUGUUGCUAAAGUGAUAUAUCAAUGUUCAGGUUGUACAUUAACAUGAUAAUUCAGCAGAUUCCUGAAUUAUAAUGACAGAAAAAAUAAAUUCCUUUGUACCAAAAACGUACAAGGAUUGAUAGAUAAUACAAUAUGUAGAAGUUAACCCUGUUAACCUUUUUGAGACGGUCACAGGUGAAAGGCCAUGUUAUCUCGUUUGUUUAGUCACAUUCAGAGUUUUAUUAUGAAUUUAUGUCAAUAAGUUUGGUAUCAAAUUUUAGAACUGUACAUUACCCAAUUUGU